GAGAGAGAGAGAGAGAGAGGCAGGUCGAGAAAGUGAGUGUGUGUGUGUUUUACUAGAGAGACCAAAGCAGGCGCCGACUUGACAGAGCACUGAAGACCUUCCCUCUGAAGCUCCCAGUGAGAUGAUGCAUCUGAGGGGAAAGUGCAUGUCAGCUGUUUGUUGGAGACCUCUGCAAUUCCUCCUGGCCGCUGUGGAGAAGAUGAUAUUGGCUGUGUAGUCACCCCCUGCGAUUGGCUGUCACACUUUAGGCUCCCCCUCCUCUCUCUGACUCCCUACUUCUCUCUCUCUCCCUCUCUCUCUCUCUAUCUCUCUCACUACCCUGUGCUUCUCACCCCCUCCAUACUGUCCUCAGGCUUUACCUGAGCCACAACUGCAGAAGCUCUGGACCCCCCCCCCCACACUCCUCCUCAUACACACACACACACAUACACACACUCGCUCUCUCUGCCUCUCUCCCUCACCCACACGCAGAAACUCAGCUUUUCACCUGGAGAGGACAGGCGCUAGGGAGGACAUGUGCAGCAGCAGCAGCAGCAGACUCUCCUCACAUCCAGUGCUGCCUCUCUGAGUUGCCUCUUUUUGGAGAGUGGGGAGAGAGGAACUCUGAGAAGAGAACAUUUGGAGCCGUUCUCCCUUGGACAAAGCAGGAGAGAGGGGCAGUGAGGGAUCUCUUGUCAACCCAGGGACACCAAAGGCAGCACACAGCAUGAUUCUAGGAGGAAUAAACCGGGCCGGGGGGGCGGUGCCGACGUUCCUGCGGACCCCCACGAUGCUCCAGCCCCACCUGGACUUGAAGCCCUUCCUGCAGUUCCCCAUGGAGACCCAACAUCCCGCACACAGCAUGAACCUCUUCCACAACUUCAGCACGAUGGACCCGGUGCAGAAGGCCGUGAUCAACCACACCUUUGGAGUUCCUCUGGUCAAAACCAAGCGGCCAGUCAUCUCCUGUAACGUCUGCCAGAUCCGCUUCAACUCAGAGAGUCAGGCAGAAGCGCAUUACAAAGGAAACCGCCACGCCAGGCGAAUCAAAGGCAUCGAAACCUCCAAGAGUCGUCCUCAGGAGGGGGACAAGCCUCACACUGUGCCCCCCACCUGCUCCCCGUCUCCGCCCGGACCCCUGAGCAUCAUCUCAGACAUUGAGCCCAGCAAAGCGGAUGAACCACGGCCUCUAUCACAGUUAAAUGUGCCCCUGCUGGCCCCGGGACCCCUUCCCACCCUUACCACUCCACCCAGCACGCCCAUGGACACCUCCGUGCCCACAGUGUGCCCCCUCCUGCCCAACCUCACUCCUCCCUUGAUCCCCCCUUCCCCCUCCCCAGGCUGCGGCGUAGGCAGCACCCCCUCGGAGCAGCUGGGAUCCGGAGCGGGAGCCGCCGGCGCUCCGGCCUCCGGCAGCCCGUCCAACCCAGAGACAGAGGAGGACAAGGCCAAGAAGCUGCUGUACUGCUCACUGUGCAAGGUGGCAGUCAACUCAUUGUCACAGCUGGAGGCCCACAACAAAGGUACCAAACACAAAACUAUCCUGGAGGCACGGAGCGGGCUGGGCCCCAUCAAGGCGUAUCCUCGCCUGGGCCCCAAGCCCAUUGGAGAGCAGGGAGGGGGGCCGGUGGACCCCAACACUCAGGAAAGAACCUUCCACUGUGAGAUUUGCAACGUGCGGGUCAACUCCGAACUACAACUCAAACAGCACAUAUCGAGUCGAAGGCACCGGGACGGCAUGGCGGGCAAGCCUAACCCCCUCCUCAGCCGACACAAGAAGCACAGGGGAGCUGAUCUGACGUCUACUUUGACCUUCUCCAAGGAUCUCACCAAAGCUUUGGGUGCGGGCCUCUUGCCCAGCCCCUUGGCUGUUGCUGCAGCAAUGGCCGCUGCAGCAUCGUCGAACCAGAUGGCCCUUCGAGUGGCAGCUUCCGCCCAACACGCGCACCAUCAUCAUCACCUAUUGCAAGGCCCACCUCUCAGCCACGCCAUCCUAAGACCUGCUCCGGGGCCCAUGCGCACCACCCACGGGCCAAUCCUCUUCUCCCCUUACUGACACAUCACCGGCUGACUCCGGCCAGGCAGGAACAGCCACUCCAAAAGCACACUGUGAAGAUACAAACAUGAUCAACAAACAGCAAUUGACAGGGGGGGCGGGGAAUCCAAUCAUUUAAAUAACGAACUGAGAGAAAACAAGGGAAAGGAGCCGCAGAGAGGAGUAGAAGUAUAUGUCUCUCUUUCUUCCCUUUACCUGAAACUCUCCCUUCAUUUCAAAGACUUCUGGGCGAUGGAAUGAGCAGAGGAGAGAUCUUCAUUAUGCAUUGAACUCCCUUGGGCAUCUCUCACCUCCCCCCGGUCCCUCUCCCUUGCACUGUGGCCCUGUCACGGCCGCCUCGAUCGCUACAGACAAAACCCAUGCGGACCUUUCUAGAAACAUUAAACCACAUGUAGUGUUACAUCAUUAUUCAGUCAUCACGGCUCAACGUGUUCUCCUCAUCCUAUGCACCUCAAAAAACCAACACAGUAAUGUUAUGUCAGUAGGGUCCUCUCUGUUUGCGUCACAUGUAGCUGUGGCAGCCUCCACCCGUACUGUACACGCCCCCUUCUGCACCGGAGGCCAGCGACUCCUCAGUUUGUGACACUUAGCUUCUCGCUAGAUACAGCAUGACAGGCAGGUGGUGGCCGCAUCUUAGCACGUCUGAUGGGUGUGUGUGUGUGUGUGUGUGUGUGUGUGUGUGUCUGUGUGUGUGUGUGGGUGUGUGUGAAUGUGGGGGGUUUAAGGGAGCAGAGAAGUGACUGUGGGGGAUUGCGCUCCCCACUGUCAUUUCCUGGGAGGCUGAGGCAAGAGGAGGGCUGGCACGGGUCAGUGGAGGGAUUGACCCCCGGGCGGCAUGCAGACACACACAGGCCUGAGCGAAUCUGUGGUUUUUAAAAUAGACCGCACCAACAUGCAUCGCUACAGGGCACGUCUGCCAACCUUCAUAUCAGUCAGAGCAGAACCUCUCCAAAGGGGAAAGACGAGGGGGAAAACAACAGAAUUCACACAUUGGUACGUACUGUGCUGCUGUAUUACACAAACUCCCUGUCCACAGCCUAGAUUCCCUUAGAUGGGAAGGUUGUUUGCUUUUACUCACAGUAAUGAGAAAUGUCCAGGAACCUAACACAUAUGAUUUAAGCGUGAGACUUCUAUUCACAUGAAGUUAUCAAAAAAACAUUUACUGACAUCCUGGACCUCACCCUGGUCUUUUGAUUGGCUGUGUAGGUGUGAAGGUCUGACUUAGGUGUGACCCUGGGCUCCGAUGUGUUCGCGUUGUUUCUGCUCACAGCCGCCACCACGCAAUAAGCUCCUGAAGGGUCAGGCCUCUGCAUCACUGGGUCAAACUCUUCCAUUCCUGCCCCAUCCUCCUCACCUCCCCCGUAUCCAAAGGUUUAAAUUAGUCUAUGGUAAAGGGCACACCGGCGCUGGCAACCAUAAUGCUGAAAGGGAACAAAUUAAUAAAAGGAAGAUGAAAGCCAAGCCAAAUACGUUCUCGGAGAGAUGAUGUGGAGCCGGAGUGACAGCCGAGCGCAGAAGCCCACAGCGAGGCCACUGGGAGCUUGAGCCCAAGGCGUCCAUCAAUACUUCCUGUCUUGCAACUGAAAGCCAUGAAACGCACCAUGAUUUGUUUUCUUCUACAAAGACUGGUGAGCACUUUGUUUUGUUUGGUUAGGACUGUUCGUGUUUAUGCGUACAAAUGAGCUGGAUAAGAAAAAAAACACAAUAAAAAAUAAUAUUUUUGUAGAUGGAAAAUGUUGAUAUCUGCAUCCGUGAAGGGAAAAGCAGGGAGGGGGUGGAGUUUAAUGGAUCCUGGAUUUGACUCAGACACAGAAUCUAACUCAGCGGGCAGCCACAGGAGCUCAGCUGAGCUCGGCGGCUGCAGACCUGUCUCGCUCGACUGCCUGAAGCUAUCACUCCCUUUUUUUUUCUGAACAAGAUGUACACUGUGCCCUUUCAUUGAGAAGCAAUGAGCUCUAAUGUCUUACCCUCGUCUGAAUAUUGCAAUGCAAUGAGCAAUUUUUAUCAGAGUGACCUGUUAGCAUUGUGACAUGUUGUCUGGAGUCAUGUGUAAACCGGGAGCAUGCCAGCUGACAGACCUUUCGGUUUCUUCCAUGAGGCGAGUGCGAGCCCUCGCAGGGAUUUAAAGAGGGAGAGGCAGAGGUGGAGCUGGGUUUAGGUACCGACCCUUCAUAUUAAAGGGCCUUUUUACUAUGGUAAUCUCUGCUUGGGGAACAGGGUACAAUGCCAGGUAUCAAGGGAUUAAAGAUAGAUGUGUAACCUUUUUUUGUUCAACUUAAUGAAUUGCAUUUUUUUUUUUCUGUGUGUGUGAGAUGUGUUUAAGUGUAAGUCCUGAGGAACAUUAUCAAUGCCAUUACUUAAAGAAGAAGCUGGCUUGGGGUCAGCUUCCACCAUCGUGCUCUUUUUUCUGUUGUUGCUGGACGAAGCCUCCUUUGCAGUUCAUUCUGCGUGUGAGAUAACUCUUCCAGGAUCCGUGCUCUCUCUCUCUCUCCCAUUGGUGUGUGUGUGUGUGUGUGUGUGUGUGUGUUACCAUAUGUACUCUUGUGUGUGUUGGGACCAGCUCUCACCCCCCUCUCCCCCACCAAUCAGAGACAGAAGUGACCUGGAGCUAAAGUGCCCUAACAAAUCAAAACAAAAACCUGCACCAACAUUUGGUUUAGGAAGAUCUCUCAGUCCUCCUGGAUUCUUAUUAGACUCAAUCAAUGACCCAACCUGACAAAGUACUGCAGUCCUGUCCCCGGUAGGUCAGUCAAGUAGCAGCACCACAGAUAUGUUCAUAUUGUCCUUAACAUGUUCAGUCUGUGGUUAUUUCCAUUGAUCCAUCUCAUCAUUCACGUAUGGGAAAUAAAUGUUAGAUUCCUAUUGGGCAGGUAUUUCAUGUUAGCUGUGUUUAGGCUCCGAGCCUUAGCCUUAUUCUGCCCUCAGUCUCUCCCAGAGAAGAGAGAGAGAGAGAUAGAGAGGCUAUGGUGUAAUUUUUUUGUCUUGCCAAUAAAGUUAUUUUUUGAAUUUCAUUGUCACGGAGGACAACGAGUUUGUAUGGCGAACUGUAGCAAUACCUGACUCAUUCUGGCUACUCUUGUUUAUUGCAAUAAGAAAAUGAAACAAUAAAUGUGUAUGUGAGUAAAACAUUAUAAAUGUAAUUUAAAUGAAAAAAUAAACUUUAUGGUAAAUACUAUUGGUAUCAAGAGAGACCAUGGUGGAUAUAAAAAAAAAAGUACAUGUCAAUAAAUCAUUAAAUGAAA